AUGCACGAAAAUGAAGAUGCGAAUUUAUCAACAGCAACAACCGCAACGAAUUUCAAUAAUUCUUCGUAUCAUUCAUUCCACAACAGCGGCAAGCGACAAGACAUCAUAACCAUCGCAAAUUUAAAAGGAAAUCGAAAAGUUUUAUUGGAUUUACGUUUAAUAACUUUAUUCGGGGUAUUUGCCUGUACAACAUUGAUUUAUAAAAUGGUUAUUGUUAUGCCCUAUUCCAAUAUGGAAAAUGCUGUAAAUUUCAAAGGAUUUCUGGAAGACAGCUAUCGUAAUGCUGUUGUCUGGGCCAAGGAACAUGAAGUGUUGCACAUACUACAGCCCAUUGCAUGUGGCUUACUUGUUGCCAUAUUUGGUUACAGUUUAAUAUAUUUGGAUAGCAAUGUUCCGGGUGUUAAUCCUCCCUCACCAUUUUCACCAAGGAAAAGAGUCUAUUACCAUCAACAAAAAAGUAGUAUUCAUUUGGGUUAUUUAACCGCCCUGGCAGCCGGCCUGGUCAUUGCAGUUCUCAUGUAUUUAGAUAUUUAA